AAUCUGCUGUUCAACGCCCUAUCCACUUGAAUCCGAAAAAUUAACUAAAUAUGGAAAAAUUUGCAGAGGACUUCAAUCAGUCGGAGCAUUGCUGGUUAUUACUAUUUAUUCAGCCAUGUUGAUAUGCUCGAAAAUGUUCAAGAGCCAUAACGAAGAAUCAACAUUUUUCAUCAAAGCUAUAAACGUGAUGGAGAAUGUUUUCGACACAUUGAUAAUUACAUUGUUUUGUAUUGAGUGUUUGCACUACAGACGGGCAAUUCAAGCGUUCCUAAACGAUGUUGCUACAGUUUUGAACAAAUUCAAACCAAAGAUUGAUACACUGAUCAUUUCUUCUGUAAAGUAUGCCCUAGCUACAGUGAUUGUACUUCUGAGUAUACAAGUUAUAUUAACAGCAAAAAUGGUGUACGGUGAAGAAUUCCUGGAUGCUCUGCUAACAAUAUUUACUUUGAACAUUCCGUUAACACUUUCAACAGUACUUGUAAUUCAGUACUGUUUCUUUGCCAGCUUAAUAUUGUUAUCAAUAAAAGAGAUAAGAUUUACACUCAACUGUUACUUGAAUCCGCAAAUAACCGAUAUAGUUGGCAGCCAUGACAAAAUGUUGCAACAUGUACCCGACAUCGAUUCCAUCAGGAGGACUCACAUGAGCGUAUCCCUGCUGUUAGAUCAUCUUCAUCGUCUGGUUGGAAUUGUCCUAAUAGUUUUCCUAGCCGGCACAUUUGUGAACUUCAACAUAGAUUUUCUCGAUAUCUAUCGGUUGUUUAAUUCUGAACGCGCUACCUUUUGGCUGAAUGUUGAACUGAUGGGAUUCAUGGUUCUGCGCAUCGGGAAAGCCUUCAUGAUUGUAGUGCCCAAUACUUUGAUAAAAAAAGAGAACCAACAGAUUUCCAUUAUUCUGUGCAAACUUUCUGAGAAAGAUGUAAUGCGCUCCAGUGACAGUAUUGAUAAAUUUUUCAGGCAGCUAACGGAGUUGUCAAACGUUCAAUGGAUCUGUGGAACAAUAGAGCUGGGGAUGCCCCUCUUGGUAGCCGUAGAUGCUGAGCCUCCUUACCACCUACAUGAUCGUUCUUAUGCAAUUUGACAAAUCAUAAAUUAUAAUACUUUUCUUUAAGGAAAUAUGUAAAAGAAGAAGAUUAAUACUUUGAAAAGUGGAAUGGUAAAGAUAGAACGAGGAUAAUAGGAUACGAUAAUCCAUGCUAUUGACUUUGUCCUUUGUUAGUUGAAUGCGA